AUGGGCGAUAUUUUCGGUUGUACACGGACCCACAUUUGUCGCCUGCUGCUGAGUACGGCUUGCUGUGUCCUUCAAGGAGCGGCUUGGUUGUGGGGCUUCGCAUUGUCUUUGCUGUCAAGACUGUGCCAGGGUGAAGAUCCCGAAUGGGAUCCGGUGCUGUUUUUGGUCAAGACCAUGUAUGACGAGACUCCUAGCCGGGUCCGUGCGGUGUCCACAGCUGUGCAAACGUGGAUGGCGCCGAAUGCCAAGAAGUACCCCUCGGAGUAUCUGUCAGAAGUCGACCUGCGUGAAUAUGAGAAGCUGGUGUCUACUGCAGAAACGGGCACCCACGCAAAGGUCCUGCAGACACGCUAUAUGGUGGGGAUGCUGCUUCGCCACCGGGAGACAGGGGCAUUCGGCUGGUUCCGUGGGGACGUUUUGCCAGAGCUGAACCGCAUCAGUUCGCCAUUCCGGCUCCGAGUGCGCCACACCGUUACGGACCGCUACACUGCUAACCGAAAGGCGGAGAAGGGUUUAGGCGAGGCAGAUUUUACGCCAGGCUGGGUGCGCAAUCACGGCCCUUGUGACAUUCACAAAGCGGCGUCGGCAGUGAAGUGUGUGCUGAAGGCACUGGAGUGGGACGUCAGUGGUGUUCUGGCCACCGGCUUGGCUCUUUCGGAGAUCGGAGCAGCCCGGAAACUCCGACAAUGCCUGGCACAAUGUUUCGAAGAGAGUCUGAAUAUCGAUCCUCUCCCUUGCCCAAAUGCUGAUGAGGCAGCGUGGCAUCGUCAGUGUGUCUAUGACACAUUUCUAUCAAUCGACAAGGCGGCAACACCGCAGGCUCGGAAGCAGAAUCGAUUACGACGCUUCGUGCUGGAAACGUUUCUCAACUCGGACCUUGUUGGUCCGGCUCCUUUGACGCACCACUGUUCAGCAUAUGGAUGCUGCGCGUCGGAGCAGCACACUCGACAAUACUUCAACGAGCAGCUGGGCUGA